CAAGAUAUUUACUUUCACGGGCGUCGGCUUUAACAUUUCAUGGGAAAGAGUAAAAAUGUACGGAUUGGUACAAAUAAUGCUACCUACAUCGGAAACUGCGGAGUCCGAGACGGCUGUUGCCAGCUGUUGCCGUUGCUGCAAUGCGAAUCCAACAUGGAAGCUUGUCGGUUUUUGUGAGCAGUAACAGUUUGUUGUCUCCCUCGUAGUGAAGUUAAGUUUCCUUAAAAUAAGCAAUAUUACUGUAUAUAUUAAUUAUAAAGAUGUCAGAAUACGAUUAUGAGUAUGAACUAAUGAGGUCUGAACUUCUGGGAUUACCGCUACCGGAAAAAAAACCGGUCCAACCUGUAAAUGAGGACAAUGUACAUUCAAGCGAUGUUGAAGACCACGGCAUAGAAGAAAAUGAGGAUAUUCAGGUGGAGGGGGAACAAAUGGGGAGGGUGUCAGGAGGUCUGGACGAACUGAACAGCAUUCUCAGCAUCACACAAAAGAAGAUCAACAGAUUUAAGACAGUGUGUGGAAGCUUCACAAAUCUCUUGAAGUUGAGGAUGGGCGCUAAAAGCGAUGGGGCAUCAAGUGAUAAUAGCAGCCUGGCAUCUGAAGCAGACUGUGUCUUGCAGAGUGAGGAAGUUCAUGAGAAUUCUGAAUCAGGUGUAGAUGCUACAGAAAGCAAGGCACUUGUGGCGUCCAAGAAGACAGCACAACGAGCUUUGGAUCUCGAAGGGACGUUGGGCUCACAAAUCGACAAGCUAGAUUCAAUGCUCAUGAAGGCAGAACAAGCUGAAUUGAGCAUGUCAAAACAGAACAAGGAAAUGAGGAUCUUUCUGAACAAGUAGGCAACCCGUCCUUCACUCACAUGUAAAGAAACUUGUAUCUGCAUCCUAUUUAUCUCUGUAAUGGCCUUUCAAAAUUAGGUCAUUAACGUUGAAAGCUGCUGUAUGUUGUAUUAGCACUGCUUGAGGUUUUCAUGAUAGAUCGUCACUAUAGUACUCAGUAAGUGUUGUUACUUUCUAAGGGACCUUAUAGACAGCCUAAGUUAUUGGUUUCAAUAUAUUGACAGUACUCUAGUAGUAUUUGUUACCAUAAAUUUAAAGUGUUUUGAACUUUACUGUGCUUUGACAUGUUAACUUAGAAGGUAGAGGUGUUUACGUCUUUGGAGAUAAAGCUUUCAUCUUUUUGUAUUUUUGUUUCUGUAUAAUCCAUCGCCAACCAUUAAUUAAAAAGUAUUUCAAAUGAUGCAAGUUUUGAGGAUUUCACAGUGGAGAUCAUUCAGAUUGUGGUCUUCUGAGUUGUGACACCACAUAGACAUUUAGGUAGUUACCUAUAAUCCAGAGGA